AUGAAAUUUUCUACCAUCUGUGUCGCCGCUUUAGCUGCUUUAACCCAAGCGUCCCCAGUUAAAAACACCAUUAAGGAUGUUAAAUUAACUGUUGAGUCGGACAACAAGGAAAUCAACGGCAAGGGAUUAUCAAGUCUUCACGAGGGUGCUGGAUUGAAUUACUUCUUCUUGGGUGAAGGCUCCCAAGACUUGAAAUAUGAUUCUUCUAGUCAAAAAUUGUACUUUGACAUUAGUGAUGAAAUCACAUACUCUUUCUCAGUAUACAGCGAUUUUGCUAUUAUUGGUGUUCUCGAACCAUAUAAGGUUGAGUUUAACGAUAAUUACUUGAAGGUUAAUGGCACUACUGAAGGCUUCUUCGCAUGUAAGAACGUCAACGACCCUUACCAAUACUCGAAAGAUAGUUAUGCUUUAAUGAACUUCCUUGGCCAAGAAGCUCCAGAAGGAUGUAUUCUGUUAAAGGUUAAGAAUUCUGCUUAA